AUGAAGAAGUUUGCUUCCACGCGCAGCCUCAAUAAGAUCCUGCAGCAGUGCGACUCCUCAUCCCGCGAGUACGAGGAGAUCCAGGCUGUGGAGAAGAAGUGGCACCUGCAUCUGGCCACUCCUCGUAAGUUCCUGGACAAGAAAUGCAAAAUGCCGUCUCUCUUCCUUUCAGCUCCGCCGCCUCCCAAGAGAGCGCCCAGCACCACCCUGACGCUGCGUUCCAAGUCCAUGACAGCCGAGCUGGAGGAGCUGGCCUCCAUGCGGAGAAGAAAAGGGGAGAAGCUGGAUGAGAUUCUGGCAGCUGCUGAGCCAGCGCUGAGGGCAGACAUCGUCGAAGCAGAUUCCAGGGCAGCCACUGUGAAGCAGCGACCAACAAGCCGGCGCAUCACGCCAGCAGAAAUCAGUUCACUCUUUGAACGCCAGGGCAUGGCCGCACACUCGGGGGUCCUUGCGGGAGCUGAGAAGCCCCACGUGUCACUGCGCAAAGGAAUUCCAAGGACAAAAUCUGUAGGUGAAGAUGAGAAACUUGCUGCUUCUUUGCUAGAUGGGAAGUUUCCCCGGAGCACCUCGAUGCAAGACACUGUUAGGGAAGGACAUGGGAUUCCACCACCACCUCAAACAGCCCCACCCCCACCUCCUUCUCCAUAUUACUUUGACACAGGCCCCCCUCCAUCCUUCUCACCACCUCCACCCCCAGGAAGAGCUUAUGAUACUAUAAGAUCAAGCUUUAAGCCAAGCCUGGAGGCCAAACUCCAUGGACUCCCACAAGUCCUUAGUGCAGCUGAGAUGUAUGAUCAGGCAAGGACUUCCAUUCCUUACCCUGAAAGGCAAAAGAGGGCCCGAUCCAUGAUAAUCCUACAGGAUUCUUCUCAUCUUCCCGUGGAGCCAACAGAGAUCCCCCGCCCUGGCCCAUCUGCGACUCCUCCAGAGAAGCUGAAGAGGAAGGGAAGAGUGAUUGACAACCCUUAUGCCAACAUGGGUCAGUUCAACGUCAGCCUGUUCGCUCCCACUAAGCCACAGAGGAAGAAGAGCCCACUGGUUAAGCAGUUACAAGUGGAGGAUGCACAGGAGAGAGCAGCACUGGCCAUCACCGGAGGCUUUUCAAGGGAACCCUCUCCCACCCGCAGGAGCCAUCGCCUGAGUGGGGUGGAAUAUCAGCACCAUGCCGGCAUUGCUCAGGUUGAAGCCACAGGCAUCCCCUUCGCCACUGCCAUUGCCGGAGUCAUGAAGGACAGAGACCGUCGUCUGGAUGAGAGGCGGAAAUCCACUGUCUUCCUCUCAGUUGGGGCUAUUGAGGGCAGCGCCCCCAGCAGCGACAUGCCAUCCUUGCAGCAGUCCAGGUCUAUUGAUGAGCGGUUGUUAGGAAGCCGAGAUGUUCUACUGCCUUCCCCUGUCUCAGCUUUAAAGCCAUUGAUCAGCAGCUCAUCCUCAACGUUCAUCCACCCCCUCACAGGAAAGCCCUUGGAUCCAAACUCACCACUGGCGCUUGCGCUGGCCGCAAGGGAACGAGCCCUCUCAACUCAAGUUCCAUCCCGGUCGCCCACCCCAAUCCACAGCCCAGACUCAGACCGAGCAGCACCCCUCUUUGUGGACAUCCAAACCAAAGAACCAGAGCGGGGGGAGUUGGAGAGCUUGAUGUCCCCUGCAUACUCUCCUGGCGGCAAAGGGGUGAUCGGAACAGACUCUGGGACUUUGGCCCCUACAAAGAGCCCGUGGGGGACUCCGUCCACGCUGCGGAAAGAAACCGAGGCCCGAGCAGAAACCCCAGGGAAGGAGGAGAAGAAACAAGAAGACAAGAAGUCCAUGAUUAUUAGCAUAGUGGAUACAUCACAGCAGAAGACCGCUGGCCUCAUCAUGGUUCAUGCCACAAGUAAUGGCCAAGAUGAGAUAGGACUUGAGAUAAAAGAGGAGACACCGGCAGUCGCUGAAGCAUGCACAGAGCCAGCAGAGUCCCCCAAAGCAGAGACACAGCCCAGCCCAAUGGGAAAGCCUCCGGUCAGUCCAGCCUCUGACAAGACUUUGGGACAAGGGAGUUCGGAAGAAGAAGUGGAGCCCUACACGGUCACCCUCCCGCCAGCUCAGCUGUCUUCAAGUGACGAAGAGACCAGGGAGGAGCUGGCCAAGAUAGGGCUGGUGCCUCCACCAGAUGAGUUUGCGAAUGGGGUACUGGUCACCACCCCUGGCACACCAGUCAGCCACCUGGCUACGCCCAGCACGCCAUCCAUACCAGCGGCAGCAGUAGCACCUUCUACCACUGGCGGAACACCCUCAGGGAAGCCCUCUGAUGCCCCCGUAGCCCCAGAGUCUGCUGCAGACUCGGGAGUGGAAGAGGUGGACACCAGAAGUUCAAGUGACCAUCAUCUGGAGACCACAAGCACCAUCUCUACAGUCUCCAGCAUGUCUACAUUGUCCUCAGAGAGCGGGGAGCCUACUGACACAUACACUUCCUUUGCGGAUGGACAAACUUUUAUACUCGAGAAGCCACCAGUGCCUCCAAAGCCAAAACUCAAGUCCCAGCUCAGCAAGGGGCCAGUUACUUUCAGGGACCCACUUUUGAAGCAGUCUUCGGACAGCGAGCUCAUCUCCCAGCAACAUGCGGCCACUCUGGCAUCAGCCAGCAUUGGCCGGCCACGCUACCUCUUUCAGAGAAGGUCCAAGCUAUGGGGGGACCCCAUGGAGAGUAGGCCAAUCCAUGGGGCUGAUGAAGACAAGCCAACUGUGAUCAGUGAGCUAAGUUCCCGACUACAGCAACUGAACAAGGAUACACGAUCACUGGGGGAAGAACCAGCCGGGUCCACAUUAGAUCCCGGGAAGAAGUCACCGGUGGUCGCGGCACGACUUUUCAGUAGUUUAGGAGAACUCAGCACCAUUUCCCAGCGGAGCUCCGGGACCACCUACACAGUCCGACCUGGCAGUCGCUACCCCGUAACCCGACGUACCCCCAGCCCCGUGAAG